CUGAAGGCGCAGGAGCCGCUGCUGCUGUCUAGGGUGACCGAGACUUGGGUGCAGGCGGCUCCCCUAUCCAGCCUGGCCCGAACCUCUCUGGCUCCCGCUGCUUCCUCCUGCUGCAGGACUCGACUCAACUCGGGGCGGCUCUUCUUUCCCUGCAGAACCCAAGUUGGGGGUGGAAUUCUCAUACCAGAUCACCAAAGAGUGAUUUGGCUGACCUUGAAGUCCACCACAACCUUUUAAGUCAGGCCUGAUCUGCAAAAUGGAAUAAGGCUGAAAAAUUAUCCACUUCUUUCCUCCUGUGUGAAAUUGAGACUAGAUUGGGAUGGUCUUUGGUGCUUGUGGCUAGAUUCUCACUGCAACCAUGAGUUCAGAGGAAAAGGGCAUAUCCCCUGCUCACAGAACCUCCACUCCAACCCAUAGAAGUGCCUCCUCUUCAUCAUCCUCCCAAAGGGAAAGUAGGCAGAGCGUCCACAUUUUAGAGAGGAAUGCUUCUGCUGGUAAUGAGCCAUCUGCAAGCAGGCAGUUGCUAGAAACUGAACCUGUCUCACUCUCUAAGGAGGCCGACAGCUGGGAAAUCAUAGAGGGCCUGAAAAUAGGCCAGACUAAUGUCCAGAAGCCAGACAAACAUGAAGGAUUUAUGUUGAAGAAAAGAAAAUGGCCUUUAAAAGGCUGGCACAAGCGAUUUUUUGUCCUGGAUAAUGGAAUGUUGAAAUAUUCAAAAGCACCACUUGAUAUUCAAAAAGGCAAGGUCCAUGGGAGCAUUGAUGUUGGGUUAUCAGUUAUGUCAAUUAAAAAGAAAGCUCGGAGGAUAGACCUCGACACUGAAGAACACAUCUAUCAUCUAAAGGUGAAAUCCCAGGAUUGGUUUGAUGGUUGGGUCUCCAAACUCCGCCACCACCGAUUAUACCGUCAGAAUGAAAUUGUAAGGUCACCGAGGGAUGCAAGCUUUCACAUAUUUCCUUCCACCUCCACAACAGAAUCUUCACCAGCUGCUAAUGUUGCAGUUACGGAUGGAAAGGUACCACAGAACAGUUUCCCAUGGCAGGCACCUAUACCAUGCAGUAAUAGCCUACCUGCAACUUGCACCACUGGCCAGAGUAAAGUGGCAGCUUGGUUACAGGACUCUGAAGAAAUGGACAGAUGUGCAGAAGAUCUCGCACACUGCCAAUCAAACCUCGUGGAACUUAGUAAACUCCUUCAAAAUUUGGAAAUACUGCAAAGAACUCAGUCAGCCCCAAACUUCACUGAUAUGCAGGCUAACUGUGUAGAUAUUUCAAAGAAAGACAAGCGGGUCACAAGACGAUGGAGAACAAAAAGCGUCAGCAAAGAUGCAAAAAUACAACUUCAGGUUCCUUUCAGUGCAACAAUGUCCCCCGUUCGGCUGCAUUCCUCCAACCCCAACCUUUGUGCAGAUAUUGAAUUUCAGACUCCCCCAAGCCACCUGACUGACCCCCUGGAAACUUCCACGGAUUACACAAAGCUUCAAGAAGAAUUUUGUCUCAUUGCUCAGAAAGUGCAUUCCCUUUUGAAGUCGGCUUUUAACAGCAUAGCUAUUGAGAAAGAAAAGCUAAAACAGAUGGUUUCUGAACAAGAUCACAAUCAAGGCCAUAGCACACAGAUGGCAAGACUCAGACAAUCGCUUUCUCAGGCACUUAACCAGAACGCUGAGCUGCGGAGUCGCUUAAACCGGAUACAUUCAGAGUCUGUUAUUUGUGAUCAGGUUGUCAGUGUAAAUAUUAUUCCUAGCCCUGAUGAGCCUGGGGAGCAAAUCCAUGUCAGUCUCCCUCUAUCACAGCAAGCUGCUAAUGAGAGUCGGCUCUCUAUGUCUGAAUCUGUCUCAGAAUUCUUUGAUGCCCAGGAGGUACUUCUCUCAGCUAGCUCGUCAGAAAAUGAGGCUUCGGAUGACGAGUCUUACAUCAGUGAUGUGAGUGAUAAUAUAUCUGAAGACAAUACCAGUGUUGCAGACAACAUUUCUCGGCAAAUCCUUAACGGAGAGCUUACAGGAGGGGCAUUCCGAAAUGGACGUCGAACUUGUCUUCCAGCUCCAUGCCCUGAUACCAGCAACAUUAAUCUGUGGAAUAUUUUGAGAAACAACAUUGGCAAAGAUCUGUCUAAGGUCUCCAUGCCUGUGGAAUUGAAUGAGCCCCUCAACACUCUGCAGCAUCUCUGUGAGGAAGUUGAAUACAGUGAGCUCUUGGACAAGGCCUCGGAAACUGAUGACCCAUAUGAGCGCAUGGUUCUCAUUGCUGCAUUCGCAGUUUCAGGAUACUGCUCUACCUACUUCAGAGCAGGAAGUAAGCCAUUCAACCCUGUGCUUGGUGAGACGUAUGAGUGCAUUCGAGAAGACAAGGGAUUCCGAUUUUUCUCAGAGCAGGUUAGCCACCAUCCACCCAUUUCUGCCUGUCAUUGUGAAUCAAAGAAUUUUGUGUUUUGGCAAGAUAUAAGAUGGAAAAACAAGUUCUGGGGGAAAUCCAUGGAAAUCCUACCUGUAGGAACACUGAAUGUGACACUUCCAAAGUAUGGAGAUUACUACGUAUGGAACAAAGUCACGACAUGCAUCCAUAACAUCCUCAGUGGGAGGAGAUGGAUAGAGCAUUAUGGAGAAAUCACUAUUAGAAAUACAAAGAGCAGUAUUUGUAUCUGUAAACUCACAUUUAUCAAGGUAAAUUAUUGGAAUUCUAAUGUAAAUGAAGUCCAAGGGGUUGUCAUGGAUCAGGAAGGAAAGGUGGUUCACCGUCUCUUUGGAAAGUGGCAUGAAGGAUUAUACUGUGGCGUACCACCAUCAGCAAAGUGCAUAUGGAGGCCAGGUUCCAUGCCAACUAAUUAUGAACUCUACUAUGGCUUUACAAGGUUUGCUAUUGAACUCAAUGAAUUAGAUCCUGUCCUGAAAGAGCUUCUUCCUCCAACAGAUGCUCGAUUCCGGCCUGAUCAAAGGUUUUUGGAGGAAGGAAAUUUAGAAGCAGCAGCUGCUGAGAAGCAAAGAGUAGAAGAGCUCCAAAGAUCCAGAAGGCGAUACAUGGAAGAAAAUCACCUGGAACAUAUACCAAAAUUUUUUAAAAAAGUCAUUGAUGCCAAUCAAAGAGAAGCCUGGGUUUCUAAUGACACCUACUGGGAGCUUCGAAAGGACCCUGGCUUUAGCAAAGUAGAAAGCCCUGUACUCUGGUAACCCAAGACUGUAGAUCCGAGUACACAUAUCACACUCUGAAUGAAUAAAUAACUAUGCACAAUGAUGUUUCUUAUAGCUAAGCGUGGUUUGUGGGUCUACAGAAAACUUACCAUUUGCUUUUCUAUUCAUCUUUAUAAUGGACUUUCAAAAGUGCAUUAGACCAGGCCCCUGACCACUUUGGGAUCCUUUCUGUUUUGCUGCAGCCAUACUCCUUAAAACGUCCUCACCCUUGAAACGCAGAAUAAAGGGAGCAGAUUAAAGUAAUCCAAAGUCUGAAGAAUUUGUAAAGAAAAAAAAAACUGUACCUGGUGCUUAAAGCCAACCUCGAGAGUUCAAAAUAAUAUGUAUAAAUGUAUAAUGAAUUUGGUCAUUUGCUUGGAAGAGCCAUGAUUAUAUACUCUAAACUCCCGGGUCACAGCUGCGGGUCAGUUCAGGCUUGACGUUUGUCCUUUGAUGUGACACGCUUGUGCUGGCCUUGUUAAACAACAAUGACAACAACAACAACACAACAUGAUGCUUUGGGAAACCUGUUCCAUCCAUACGCCAUUGUUCAUGCCUUAAGAAAUGUGAAGAUGUAAAAUAAAUCAUUUUAAAAUGUGUGCUCUUAGGCUGGUGUGAAGAACAGAUCUUUUUGAAGCAUGAUAUGAUUCCCAUGCUGGGGGUCAAAGCAGUCCCAUACAGGAGCAUAAACGGGUGAUCACAUGGCAAGGAGAAGCUGCACAGUUGGCUUUGAUGAGAUGGAUGCUAGGGUUGGGAUCCAUCAGAAGAGAAAUCGAAGGCUGCAUCCAGGUUGCUAGUUAAGAAGUUCCUAUCCUAAAAUACCCUUCACUGAGAAAUAAUCCCUGCUGGUUUUGAAAUCACAGUGAGCCCAUUUAGUGGACAAAAUCUAAUUUGCUUACUUUGCAUCAGUGUUAAGAAACUUUUGAAGGAGAACCUGAAGGACAUGAAGAGCCCUUCAGGGCUCGAUAGUACUAUAAUCUUAACCGUCAUUUUUAUGUAAGGCACAGAGGAGAUUUAAUUACAUAGAUUUGGAGCUGGGAUUUGUCAUCAUAUUGCUUGCCAACCUCCUGACUCCCUCACCCAGGAUCCCUAGAUAAUUUUCAGUAGGGACAGGAAGAGGAACACUACCUAUUAGCAUUAAUAACUGCUUAUUUGUGUUGUCUAAAUGAGUCCUACGCAAAACUGUGUUUUAUGUUUUCCAUUAAGUGAUUCUGAGUUUUUUCAGGGAAGAAACAAGAUUUUUGUUGGUAGGUGGCCAUUUAUCAAGCACUUAAGGUUUUGGUUUGGAUUUUUUUCAGCAAUGGAAGAAGAAUGGAUGAGGAAUUCAUCGCUUACCCCAAAAGUGGCCAUACCUGUAUUUUGCAUAAUUUAAGGCCUGUUUUUCCACUACCACAUGGGAGGGUUAUACAGGCAACUUGCAUCAGUAUUCACUAUUUGUUUUGCAUGUAAAUGGCAAAAUUAACACCUGUAUGAAGAUCUCAAGAGAUUUUCAUACAGAAUGCCUACAU